GAGCGUUAAAUUAAACACAAACAAUGGAUUUUACAUUAGAUUUAUUCAUUUACAACUCACUUUCACAUUCUCACUCCACACACACUUUUUCAUGUUUCUGUUUCUCUCUCAAAGAACAUGAUCAUGAUCAUCAUGUGCUGAAGUUGUUACUCUGUUUUAUUUUUUUUUUAUAAUCUUAAUUGUUGUUUUUUUGGUAUUUGUAAUGAAGGGUGAAGAAGGGGUGAAGACAACAACAACAACAACCUUGGAAGCUCCGAAGGAUGUUGCAGCUGUUGAUUAUGUUGCUGCUGAUGCUGUUGAAGAAAUUGAAGAGCAUGGAAAUGACUCUUUAGCUGAAAAGGAAAAUUCUCAGGUGGAAAAAGAGGUAUCAUAUUAUGAAGAUGAAGAAAAAGAAGAAGAAGAUGAAGAUGAAUCAGAUGAAGAAAAUGGAGAUGCUGCUGAUCUUGAAGGUCUAUCUCUUGAUGAUGGCUUCUUUGAAGUUGAAGCUAUUCAGCGCAAGAGAUACCGCAAGGGAAAGUUGGAGUACUUUGUGAAAUGGUCGGGAUGGGAUGAGUCAGCAAAUACUUGGGAGCCUCGAGAUAAUUUGGUUGCUCUUCCUGAGAUUGUUCGAGCUUUUGAGGAACGCUUGCAAUCGACACCGCAUCAGAAGCGCAAGCGAACGCAAUCUAGUAAUAGCGCUCCACUCAAGAAAAGGGUGGAGCGUUCCGCCACUCCUUAUAGCCUUAGAGGCAUAAAAACUGGUACAACUAGCACCAACCAUUCAAAGGCGGCUGACAGUAAUUCACAACCCGCCGCCCCUCUCAAUGAGCAACCCAGUAUUCUCGACACUCCUGCAUUUCCUCAGACCGUGCUGUUUGCUGACGAAGUAGAAAAUUACGGUGAAGGAAGCGGUCUUGAAAAAGUCAAUCAGGCUAAUGAUGAUAUGUCUGUGGAUCCUCCAGAAGAUGUUCCUCGAAAGAAUGAGGAAAACGAGUCUGAUCCUAAGCUUACUCCAAACAUCGAAGAAAACAAGUCGGAUCCUAAGCUUACUCCAAACAUUGAAGAAAACAAGUCUGAUCCUGAGCUUACUCCAAACAUCGAGGAAAACAAGUCUGGUCCUAAGCUUACUCGAAAAAUUGAAGAAAAGAAGUCUGGUCCUAAGCUUACUCGAAAAAUUGAAGAAAAGAAAUCUGGUCCUAAGCUUACUCGAAAAAAUAAGGCAAGCAAAUCUGAUCCUAAGCCUACCCCAAACAAUGAAGAAAACAAGUCGGGUCCUAGGCUUACUCGAAAAAAUAAGACAAAGAAAUCUGAUCCUAAGCCUACUCCAAACACUGAAGAAAACAAGUCAGGUCCUAGGCUUACUCGAAAAAAUAAGGCAAAUAAAUCGGAUCCUAAGCUUACUCCAAACAUUGAAGAAAACAAGUCGGGUCCUAGGCUUACUCGAAAAAACAAGGCAAAUAAGUCUGAUUCUAAGCUUACUCCAAAAAUUGAAGAAAACAAGUCGGGUCUUAGGCUUACUCGAAAAAAUAAGGCAAAUAAGUCCGAUUCUAAGCUUACUCCAAAAAUUGAAGAAAAAAAGUUGGGUCCUAGGCUUACUCGAAAAAAUAAGGCAAACAAGUCGGGUCCUAAGCUUACUCCAAACAUUGAAAAAAAAGUGUCUGAUCCUAAGCAUACUCCAAACAUUGAAGAAAAAGAGUGGGAUCCUAAGGUUACUCGAAAGGAAAACAAGUCUGAUUCAAAGCUUACUCCAAAUGUCGAAGAAAACAAUUCUGAUCCUAAGCUUUUUCCAAACAUUGAAGAAAACGAGUCUGAUCCUAAGCUUAUUCCAAACAAGGAGGAAAACAAGGUUGAUCCUAAGCUUACUUCAAAGAUUGAAGAAAACAAGUAUGAUCCUAAUAUAACUCCAAACAAGGAGGGAAACAAGUCUGAUCCUAAGCUUAGCGAACAUAAAGCUACAGCAACCAAUGAAAAUGACGCUAACAACCUCGCUAUACAGUUUGAAGAAGCCGUGACUCCUCCUAUAAAACCUCACAUGACUGAGCAGCCAACUGCGGUUUUCACAGAAGGGAUUACCAAACAAAGUGCAGCCUGA